AUGGAUCUUGAAAUAUCAAAAAAAAUCUUAUAUGAAAUAUUAAUAUCAAUAGCUUUUGCAGGUGCAACAACUGGCGGAUUUUAUGCACUUAUUCGUGGUAAUCAAUCUAUUAUUCGUACUUCUUUAUCAACCGGUUUAAAUUGUGGUAUUUUUGGAACUGUAUUUUUCAGCAUCAGAGAAUCAUGUUUAUCAUUUCAAAGAAACAAAAAUGCUAUUUAUGAGAUAAGUAAUGCAAAAAUGAGAGACAUUGACGAAUUAAUUAGUAGUUCUAUGGCCGGAGGUGUGACAGGUGGACUUUUAUCUUCGAUGGCUCGUGGACAAAAAGGAAUAAUUCCUGGAUUUUUGACAUUUUCUUUGAUGUGUGGCACAGGUCAAUUUGUAUAUACUAAAUUGUAUAGAUUGAGGCAAGAUUUGAUUCUUAAAUCAGAGUAUGACAGAAAAUCACCUGUUGACAAUUCAAAUCAUGCAAUUAAUCAAGAUAAUCAAAAUAAUGACAAUAGUAAUAAUGACAGCAUUGAUGACAAAGAAACUGUUGUUUAA